AUGUUACUCAAUUCCCUCUAUACCGUUGCCCUUCACCUAGUGGCUCUUUGUGCCGCCCACAAACCUCACUCUGAAGAGGGGACUGUGAUGGUCGAGCCCCUGCUUCAUGAAAUGUGGGGCCAAUACUGGCCCUUUCAGGGAAUCAAUACAUUUGCCCACUUGGAACAUGAAACGUGCCUCGUAAACCGAAAUGCAAAGUAUGACGUCGGAAUUAUCGGAGUGCCAUUUGAUACGGCUACUUCGUAUCGCUCCGGCGCCCGAUUCGGCCCUCGAGCUGUUCGGGCUGCACUGCAAAGGCAAACCUCCAUCAGAGGGUACAAUCCCCGCGCCAACUUCAACCCAUAUCAGUCAUGGGCGACCAUUAUGGAUUGCGGAGAUAUUCCUGUGACGCCCAUGGAUAAUGAGUUGGCGUUCCAGCAGAUGACUAUGGCUUUUGAGGAGUUAUUAUUCGAACACUCAAGCGAGAGUCAGCCGCCUCGCUAUGUGGCAGUCGGAGGAGAUCACUCAAUUUUGCUUCCACAUCUCCGUGCGCUCCACAAAUUGUAUGGUCCGCUCAAUAUCAUUCAUUUCGAUGCACAUCUAGACACUUGGAAGCCUGACAAGUACCCAAGCUUCUGGCAUACUCCACAGAGCGAGGUCAACCAUGGCUCUAUGUUAUGGAAGGCUUAUGAAGAAGGUCUCACCACCAACAAAAACGUUCAUGCUGGUCUUCGUACCAAAUUAUCUGGACCUGGGGAUCUCGAAGACGAUGAUGAGCAGCAUUGGCUUCGAAUCUCUGCCGAUGAUGUGUGGCUUGGUGGAGUCCAAGAAGUUGUUAAGACGAUCAUGAAGCGGGUUCCAAAGGAUACCCCCACCUAUAUAAGCGUCGAUAUCGAUGUACUUGACCCAGGGUUUGGAUCUGGAACUGGUACUCAGGAACCUGGUGGAUGGCUUCCAAGAGAGCUCAUUUACGUUCUCCGCGGGCUCGAAGACUUGACUAUUGUCGGCGCCGAUGUUGUGGAGGUGAACCCGGACUUCGACCAUGCCGAGAUCACUUCGACCAAUGCCGCCCAGGUUGUCUUCGAGCUUUUGACCUCGAUUGUAAAGAAAGGUCCAUUGCAAUUACCAUUCAACAAGGAACCAAAAAAGACUCCCUUCAAACCUCAAAAUGAUCCCAUUCAAAACUCUCAGGAGUACGAGCAAAAACUCGAAUCCUUGAAUAUGGAGCUCAAAAGCGUAGAAGAGUUGAAGUCAAAGUUACUCCACCAACUCAGAAGUUUACAAGACAGCAACUAG